AUGCUCUAUCUGUCCGUCAGCCAAUCAGCUGGUGUCACUGGUGUCACCAGCACUAAUCUGUCUUCAAUCCCCAGCAAAGACAACAAGGCCACAGUCGUAAUAAGCCUCAGCCUGACUCGGGGUGGCUCCAGCUGGCCCUACCUGCCUUGGCCCUACCUGCCCUGGCCCGACAUGCUUGGCUCCAGCUGGCACUACCUCCUCUCCCCCUGCCCUGACCCUACCUCCCCUCCCCCUCCCCUGGCCCGACCUGCCUGGCUCCAGCUGGCCCUACAUCCCCGGCUCCAGCUGGCCCUACCUCCCUCCCCUGGCCCGACCUGCCUGGCUCCAGCUGGCCCUACCUCCCCUCCCCUGCCCUGGCCCGACCUGCCUGGCUCCAGCUGGCCCUACCUCCCCUCCCCCUGUCCUGGCCCUACCUCCCCUCCCCCUGCCCUGGCCCGACCUGCCUGGCUGCAGCUGGCCCCACCUCCCCUCCCCUGCCCUGACCCGACCUGCCUGGCUCCAGCUGGCCCUACCUCCCCUCCCCUGCCCUGGCCCUACCUCCCCUCCCCUGCCCUGGCCCUACCUCCCCUGCCCUGGCCCGACCUGCCUGGCUCCAGCUGGCCCUACCUCCCCUCCCCUGGCCCGACCUGCCUGGCUCCAGCUGGCCCUACCUCCCCUCCCCCUGCCCUGGCCCGACCUGCCUGGCUCCAGCUGGCCCUACCUCCCCUCCCACUGCCCUGGCCCUACCUACCCUCCCCCUCUCCUGGCCCUGCCCUGGCCCUGACCUGCCUGGCUCCAGCGGGCCCUACCUCCCCUCCCCUGCCCUGGCCCGACCUGCCUGGCUCCAGCUGGCCCUACCUCCCCUCCCCCUCCCCUGGCCCGACCUGCCUGGCUCCAGCUGGCCCUACCUCCCCUCCCCCUGCCCUGGCCCGACCUGCCUGGCUCCAGCUGGCCCUACCUCCCCUCCCCCUGGCCCUACCUCCCCUCCCCCUGCCCUGGCCCUACCUGCCUGGCUCCAGCUGGCCCCACCUCCCCUCCCCCUUCCCUGACCCGACCUGCCUGGCUCCAGCUGGCCCUACCCCCCCCUUCCCUGGCCCUACCUCCCCUCCCCCUGCCCUGGCCCUACCUCCCCUCCCCCUUCCCUACCUCCCCUCCCCCUGCCCUGGCCCGAACUGCCUGGCUCCAGCUGGCCCUACCUCGCCCCUGGCCUUGCCCUGGCCCGACCUGCCUGGCUCCAGCUGGCCCCACCUCCCCUGCCCUGGCCCGACCUGCCUGGCUCCAGCUGGCCCUACCUCCCCCUCCCCUGCCCUGGCCCUACCUCCCCUCCCCCUGCCCUGGUCCGACCUGCCUGGCUCCAGCUGGCCCUUCCCUGGCCCUACCUAG